AUGACGGAUCGAUUGACAUCAGACAUGUCGUUCUGGUUGAAAUUCGUACGUGAUUCGAAUCUUACAGCUAAUAAUAGCACAAUGUUGAAAUACAGUAUGGCUUUAGCUGAUCGUUUUUCAAAUUUGGAAGAAUUUUCAGCAGUCAACGAGAAUGACUUACAAAAAUUGGGUAUUGUUAACCAAGCUGAUCGUGUUCGCUUGAUACAACAAGCUCGAUUGAUGAAUGAGAAAAGCAAUCAACAACCCUUUUUGCAAAGACGCUCGACCGCUGCUAAUCGUGUCAUUGGAUCGUGGCUUGGUGAUGAUCAGGUAACAUCACUAAAUCGAAACUCUUUAUCGAAAUCGGCAUCCAAUCUGUCGCCAGCAUUGCUAUCACGAAUAUCAUUUAACGAUCGACCAACAUCAGUUGUUUACCCAUUUGCUGAACCAGCGAAUGAUAUACGCAAACGCAAUUUCGGACAUUUAAUGGAACCUGAAGAAAAAGUUCUCACCGUUGACGAUAAUGGCAAAGUUCGAAGUUCGACAGCGUUAACAGCAUCACCGCCACUGGAGUAUCAGGGUGUAUUGAAAAAAACUCCAUCGACAUCAACUCACGGAAUGCGAACUGUGAAAUCUCUUUCGGAUACAAUUUCUAUCCAGAAAAAAGUUCCGAUGGCCGAUCGUUUAAAACGAUUGGAUUCUUCUACCUCAUUAUUCCAACGACAAACGUCAUUAAUAAGUAGAAAAGUGAGCAAUCUGGCAAACAAACUUGUCAAUCCGUUUGCGAUGAUACGAAAGAAAACGGAACCUUCGUUGUCAUCAACGACAAUAGUCGAUAGUCAAGUUGAUUUACGCACGAAUAUGAAACGACAGAUUUCUCUUGUGAAUGAUACACAUAAUACAACGGUAGCAUCACGGCGAACGGUGACGAUUAGUCCUUUGAAACGAUCAAGAGAAGACGAUGACGAAGAUCAACCAAUCGAGCGACGAAAAGUGCAAAUGUUGAAUGUGAAUCAAGAAAUACGAAGGCCAACAGGAUUGUUUUCAUAUGAAGAUCCAGAACCAAAACGUAAUACUGCACCUGUUCAAACAUUGGGUAGUAAACGAUUUAAACUUGGCGCAACAACAUCGUUUCUGACUCGUUCACUUGCUAAUCAUGGCCUUAUUGAAUGA